GUUAAUCAUGUGUCUUACUGAAGGAUCUUCUGCAUGGUUUGUGCAGAGUGUGCAUUACAAUCCCUCCAUUACACAUCUUCGAUCGGCCCUUUGAAUCCGUCAAAACUGAACGAGUUAUCUUGAAAUCUUGAAAAGAUUACAUUAUCGUAUUCUUAUUGAAUGCUCUCAAACUACAAUCGGGCAGAGAGUCAGCGAAUCGAAUGCCAGAAAGAGUGGCACAGCUGCCUGAGACUCUCUGGCCAACCACCAAGGCUUUCGUGAGCUUGAUAGACGGUCUGCACUCCUACACAGGGCUGCCAUGGUGGGCGACACUGUCGCUGACUGCAGUUGGCGUACGAGCGGCCCUGCUGCCUGUGUCAGUUCAGCAGAUGCGCGCAUCAGCCGCGCUGUGGUCCACCUGGCGGCAGGCACAGCAGAGCGCAGCGCAGCGCUCUGCAUCCCAACAGACCCACAGCAGCUUUGGUAGCAGGGCUCCUGGCCCCUAUUCUAGUGCAGCCGCUAGCUCCCUUUCCAGUAAAACUCCCGGAUUGACAAGACCUGCAGCAGCACAGGCAGAGGGAACACAGCUGCAUGGAAUGGCAGCACAGGCUGCUCUCAAUCAGGCGCGCUUGCUCUCAGAUCAGGACGCCCAUGCAGCCGGCCCUUCAGGCAGCAGAAAAGUCGAAGGAGGCAGGCCGAAGCAGGAGGAAACCAGGCAGGCUAAAGGCGAGUCUGGAGGGGCUCACAGAGGGGGUGCAUUGUGGGUGGAUGCAGAGGGUGGUUCGGCUGCCAACAGGCAGCAGGAUGACGAGGGGGAUGAUAAAGGGGCAGAUGGGCAGGCCAAAAACAGAGGCGACAGCGCCGGGCUGCGGCAGAUAUCUGUGGCCGACACACUGGCGGAGUAUUGGCGGCUGCGUGCCAGAUCUGGCGCACCCCACCCUGCCUGGAUUGCGACAGUGUUUGGUACCAGCGUGUUUGCAGCGCGUGCGAUGGCGGCCUCAGAUUGGCCAGGCUUUGCCAGCGGAGGCGCGCUGUGGUUCCCAGACCUCACCAAGGCGUCUGUUGUUAUCCACUGGGGCCAGGAUGCGCUGUCGACGGCUGUGGCAUUCCCCUAUGGCCAGCUGGGCGCAGUGCUACCCAUCGCUGUGGCCCUGGCGCUCUUUGCCAACAUCAACAUGAGCUUUGGCCGGUCAGCGCCUGUCUCUCCCAGUGACCCCAAAGGCGAGGGAGCGGUGGCGGCGUAUGUGAUGGGGGCGGCCAGGGCGGUGCUGGAGUGGGUGACUGUGCCUGUGCUGGCCAUAGCUCUGGGCCUACCACAUGGCGCACUGGUCUACUGGCUCUCCUCCUCCACUUUCUCCCUGGGCCAGGGCGUUGCACUGCAGAGGCCGGAGAUCCGCGAGCUGCUGGGGCUGCCCUCUCCACGAAGGAACUCAGAGCCUCUGAAGAGUUGGGGCGCUCAAAGUACGCCUGGGAGCACUUCAGCCCAACCUGACAUCAGCCAGCUCUUCCUUCAGGCUGCGGAGGCGCGGGCGAGGGGUGACGUGGCGGCUGCGCUGGCGUUGGUGGGGCGGAUCCAGAGGGUGGACCCGACGCACCCACGCGCGCAUUUUGCGGCCGCGCAGCUCCACGCAGAGCUGAAGCAGUGGGCGGAAUCCGAAGCCGCCUAUGUGUCCGCGACGUCAUUGGAGACAGAUCUUGCGCAACGCGCUCGUGCCUGGUUUGGCGCUGGGGUGGCGCAGCAUUCCCAGGGUGAUCUUGAUGCGGCGCUGCAGGCGUUUGCCAGGGCCUCUUCAGACGCCCUGGAAGCUGCCGACACCCUGAGCGCAUCCCCAUCUCCAAAUUCAAUGUCGAAUUCCAGCAGCGCGCCUGAUACGGCCGGGCCGGCUCCUGCUGACAUGGCAGGUGCUGAGUCAUCCGACGGUGAUGACGUGGCAGAGCGAGUCAUUCUGGCGCGCAGGACGGCAGUGAGGGCAUUGCUGGCCCAGGCGGGCACUUUGAAGCAACUGGGCAGGCUGCCCGAGGCCCUGGAGGCUGCCCAAAGGGCAGUUGACUUUGAUGAGAGCGUGCGGAGAGUGCAUGUGGCACCUCUGGAAGCAGAGAUUGCUGCUGCACGGACACAGCCAUGA